CCGCCGUUCCCCCGGUUGAGGAAGUGAUUUCGCUGACAGGGCUGGGUUCCGAGAGAGAGGCGAAGAGAAACAGCAGCAACUCGGAAGGAAUUGAAAUAAUAACAAGAAAAAGAACACGCGCAAAACAGGCGAGCGAAAGUGUAAAGAAAUCCGCCAAAGCAUAUUUCUCCUCUGAGACCGACACCGAGAGCCGCAGAUAUGAACGACCAGCAGUUGGACUGUGCCCUGGACUUGAUGAGGCGCCUGCCCCCCCAGCAGAUUGAAAAGAACCUCAGCGACCUCAUUGACCUGGUGCCCAGUCUGUGCGAGGAUCUGCUGUCCUCCGUGGACCAGCCCCUGAAGAUCGCCCGUGACAAGGUGGUGGGCAAGGACUACCUGCUCUGCGACUACAACCGGGAUGGGGACUCCUACAGAUCCCCCUGGAGCAAUAAAUAUGAGCCCCCCAUUGAUGAUGGUGCCAUGCCAUCGGCCCGUCUGCGCAAACUGGAGGUGGAGGCCAAUAACGCCUUCGACCAGUACAGAGAUCUGUACUUUGAGGGGGGUGUGUCAUCGGUGUACCUGUGGGACCUUGACCAUGGCUUCGCGGGCGUCAUCCUCAUCAAGAAGGCCGGAGACGGUUCCAAGAAGAUCAAAGGAUGCUGGGACUCCAUCCACGUGGUGGAGGUGCAGGAGAAGUCGAGCGGCCGUACUGCCCACUACAAGCUGACCUCUACUGUGAUGCUGUGGCUGCAGACGACCAAGACUGGCUCUGGCACCAUGAACCUCGGGGGCAGCCUCACCAGACAGAUGGAGAAAGACGAGACGGUGGGAGAGUCGUCCCCACACAUUGCCAACAUCGGCCGCCUGGUGGAGGAUAUGGAAAACAAGAUCCGCUCCACGCUCAACGAGAUCUACUUCGGGAAGACCAAGGACAUCGUCAACGGCCUGAGGAGUGUUCAGAGCCAGGCUGACAAGUCGAAGCAGGAGGCUCUGAAGAACGACCUGAUGGAGGCAUUCAGACGCAAACAACAAAGUUAGAGAUGCUGUUGUUCUCUUUCUCUCUCUCUCUGUCUCUCUCUCUCUCUCUCUGUCUUCACCUCUUCCCUCUUCCGUCUCUCUCCACACCUCACCCCUGCCACCUUCGCCCAUUCUCCGUUUUCCUAUCUCUCCAUCGCUCCCUCUCUCUCGCCAUCUCUCAGUGCUGCACUCUAGCUCUUUAGUCUAAAACAAAAAAGGAAAACUUUUUUUAUUCGUUUUGUUGUUCUUUUUUUUUUUUUUACAUUUUCCAAAGCAUCUCAUUCUCAUCAAAGCCAUUCAGACUCACCAUAUUGUUGUUAUAAAUAUUAGUAUUAUGAUUAUGAUGAUGACGAGCAGUAUGACGACAAUGUUAAUGAUCCUUGCAGAUGUUUCACUGUUGGUGUCUCCUGGGAAGAGUUGUUGAUGAAUGAUAUCACCCUACCUCUUUUGCAUUAUUAAAGGGAUUGGGGUACCAGGGUGACACAGACUGACUUAAGCCAGGGGGUGGAUGGGGAAGGGAGGGGGGGGUUGGGCUAUUGAAUAGUCAUUAUUUUUUCUAUUCCCAUUAUAAUAUUGAUUAUAUAUAUUGUUAUUGGUAUUAUCUCUGCCCCCCAUCUCCUUGUACAAAUUAUAACUGUUACUCCUCUGGGUGAUGUAGUACUGGGUGUUAAAGAGGUCGGGGAGGCGCAUCACUUGGCUUUUUUUGUUAUCGCUGUUGGUCAACGGUUUGUGUUCCCUCCCACUCUCUGUCUGUCAAGAUGUCUGUCAGCCUGUCAGAACUCAAGGGAGGGUGGGGCAGGGGGGCAUGGGGAGUUAGCUGAUUUAGCUGAUGUAAACUGACAGAAAGGUGGGAGGAUGACUGAACAAAUUCACUGUGUAUAACAACGUAAUUUCUCAUCUCUCUCCCUCCCUGUUCUGUUUUUGGGGGUCAUGGUUUCUGUCUCCUCUGUCUUUUGU